AUGGCUGAUUCUCUCACCGAGGAGCAAGUCUCCGAGUUCAAGGAGGCAUUCUCUCUGUUCGACAAGGAUGGCGAUGGUCAGUACUCUCCCUUCGAACUCAAUUCCGCAUACUCUGCCCUCAAAGCAGCGCCGCAUCUCCAGCCCACGCAAUCGGCAAAGGGGCCGAACGUCACAGGUCAAAUCACCACCAAGGAGCUAGGCACCGUCAUGCGCUCGCUCGGCCAAAAUCCCAGCGAGUCUGAGCUCCAGGACAUGAUCAACGAGGUUGAUGCUGACAACAACGGCACCAUUGACUUCCCAGAAUUUCUUACCAUGAUGGCCCGCAAGAUGAAGGACACCGACUCUGAGGAGGAGAUUCGGGAAGCCUUCAAGGUCUUCGACCGCGACAACAACGGUUUCAUCUCCGCCGCCGAACUGCGUCACGUCAUGACUUCUAUUGGCGAGAAACUGACCGAUGACGAGGUCGACGAGAUGAUCCGGGAGGCUGACCAGGACGGUGACGGCCGUAUCGACUACAACGAGUUCGUCCAGCUGAUGAUGCAGAAGUAA